GACUGAAAAAGUAUUGGAAUUCAUUCAAGACCGUGGUGACUGACCCGUCCAAGAAAUUAGCCAGCAAAAAAGUUUUAUAUACCAUGGGCAUUGGCCUUGUGAUUUCUUAUUUGUACUUCACCCAUGAAAGUCCCAGAGUCCAGGACAAAAAAAUGGCGGAUGUUUUCAAGAAGGGAAAAAUCGAUCGGGAAUUCAAUCCAACUAAACUGGUCAAACGCGAGAAUCUUGAAAAUGCACUGAAGGAAAUUUUGCAACUCUCUUUCCAAAAGUACUUUCUGAUUUCGGGCGAACAUGGGACAGGAAAAACAACCUUGGUUCAAAAUACCAUCUUGAAUCUCCAAGAGCCAAAGCAUGCAACUUCUCCGCACAGCGAAUUACUAUAUGAAAAAUACAAGCGCCCGAUAGUUUUGAUUCUUGAUCAAGUAGACCGCAUUGCUAAGGAGGACCCAAAAUUUCUGAGGAUACUUCAAGAUUUUGCAAAGGACUGUGCGGACAAAGGCACCCUUGUCAUUGUAUUUAUUGCGAGUGAAGGCCUGGUUCCGCAAAUUAUGAGAUCUCGCUCUGCCUGGUCGCAGGCAAGCACCCCUUUUGAAGUUGGUGAUAUCUCAGAUGAAGAAGCCGUGAAAUUUCUGCAAGAUUCUGGUAUUGAUAAAAAAAAAGCCGAAGAUGCAGUGAAAUAUCUAACGGGUGAACGGUUUAUUUUAUUGGAGGAGGUCCAAUUAUUAAAUCGAGUCAAUCCUAAAAAUUUGGUUGAAAAAUUCAAGGAGCAAAUGUUCACACAGAUCAAGAGAGAUUUGGACACAGUGGAACUCCCUGCAAACCAUGAAUUUUUUAUAAAGCUCAUUGAAGUAGAUCAUAUUGACAUUCGGAAAGCUAAAACCAUUAUACCUCUCAAUAUGAUUCAUAAACUUGUUGAGGCUAAUAUUCUUAAAGAACAUCAGGACUACACUGUGUCCUUUCAUUCACGUUAUAUCGAUACCUAUUUUAAAGAGGUAAUUCUUGCUGAUGAUGUGAUUCAUUAA